CCGAAAUUUUGUUUGAUAGGUAGACAUUGACUUGGAUUAGUCAAAAAGAUAACCCGAAAACCAAGCUUCCUAGCAUGGAUUGAAUCUUUUAGCUUUAAUGGGCGCUCUUGAGUCUUUCUCCCACUCCAGGCAUGGAAACCAAAACACAAAUACUCCCAUCUCUGUCCAAACAUAUCUGGAAUACUAAGUUCCCACUUCUUUUAUCUCGAUUUUGGUUCCUUGAGAUUAUAGAAUCUCAAAAUGUGGAUAAAACUUAAAGCUCUUUCUUCAAUUCUCUCCCAUCUGCUUAUCGGCAUUGCUCUCGUUGACGCUAACCUACGAUGCUAUGACACUGGUAAUUUCACCCUUAAUAGUACAUAUGGCAAAAACAGAGACCUUAUUCUUGCUUCUCUCCUACCUAAUGUCUCUGCAAAUGGUGGUUUCUUUACUGCCAGUAUCGGCCAAAACUCCAACAAAAUUUACGCUCUUGGUAUGUGCAGAGGAGACUCUACUCCAAACGGUUGUUAUACAUGUCUCAAUGCUUCAAUCCAGGAUCUCAUAGCUAGCUGUCCCAACCGAAAAGAAGCCCUUUCAUGGGGAGGUGAUCCUCCUUGUCUUGCACGCUAUGCAAAUCGCCCCUUUUUCGGAAUCCUGGAGCUACAACCCACUGAUGCAGGCUAUAAUAUGGCGGACAUCACUUCCAACUUAACUCAAUUUGAUACUAUUUGGGAGAGUUUGAUGGACAGAGUGGUGAGCAAGGCUUCCAGCGGGUCUUCUACUAAGUAUGCAACCGGGGAAGCAGACGUUACAGAAUUCCGAACGAUAUUUGCGCUAAUGCAGUGCACUCCAGAUUUAUCACACAAGGAUUGUGAUUCUUGCCUAAGGCAAUCUGUGAGUAACUAUGAAAGCUGUUGCCGUGGAAAGCAGGGAGGUUAUGUUCAGAAGCCUAACUGUUGGUUCAGAUGGGAUUUGUAUCCUUUCUAUACUACAGCAACCCCAUCCUUAUCUCCGCCAUCCUUAUCUCCUCCACCUCCUUCCCCAGAUAUAAAAGGCAUCAAUCUAACCUACCAAAGCUUUAGGUGCUAUAAUGAAUCGGGUAGUUUCACAACCAGCAGUACAUAUGGAAAAAACCUUGACCAUAUUCUCGAUUCUCUCCCACACAAAGUCUCUGAAAAUGGUGGUUUCUUUAAAGACAUUGGUGGCCAAGACUCCAACAAAGCUUACGCUCUUGGGAUGUGCAGAGGAGACUUAAUUAAAGAUGACUGUUAUAGUUGUGUCAGUUCCUCGGUUCAUGAUCUCAGAGUUAAGUGUCCUCACUGGAAAGAAGCCGUUUCAUUGACAGUUUUUCGAUCGUGUAUUGUACACUACGCAAAUCGCCCAUUUUUUGGAAACUUGGAGGUAGAACCCACGUAUGCAGCUGGUACCAAUGAAAGCAUCAAAUCGGACGUACAAACAAAAUUUGAAAUGGCUUGGGAAGGUUUGGUGUGGAGUACGAGGAAUAAUGCUUCCAACGGCUCUUCUAAGCUUAAGUAUGCAACUGGGGAAGCAAAAUUUACAGAAUCUCAAACUAUAUAUGCACUAAUGCAAUGCACCCCAGAUUUAUCACGGGAAAAUUGUUGGAACUGCCUAAAGCGAGCCACAGACACCCAUGAUAUCUGUUGCGGUGCGAAGCAAGGUGGUUUUGUUCAGAAACCUAACUGUUAUUUCCACUGGGAUUUGCAUCCCUUCUAUACACUAGGACCUAACACUGAUGCUGCUUUAUCUCCUGCACAUACAUUUACAAAAGAUGAAACGAAACAAAGCAAAUCAAUAUCGAUUCCACUUGGUGCAAGCUUAUCAGCUACUCUAGGACUAGCUCUGUUUUCUGCUUGUGGUUUCUUUAUCUGGAGAAGGAGAAACGUUCAAGAGGAUAAAGGCCAAGAAGUUCGAUCACUUGACUUGGUAGUGGGAAGUGUUCCUCGUGGGAACUCAAGCGAAAAUUUUGAUCUACAAAAUAUAGGAAGGUCGCAGGAGUUUCCUUCAAUUCAAUUGAAUAUUUUACAAGCAGCAACCAAUAAUUUUUGUGAUGAAAAUAAGCUAGGACAAGGUGGAUUUGGCCCUGUAUACAAGGGCACACUAGCGGAUGGAAAAGAAAUUGCAGUUAAAAGGCUCUCAAGAACUUCUGGUCAAGGGCUGCUUGAGUUCAAGAAUGAGGUCAUGUUAAUUGCCAAAUUACAGCAUAGGAAUCUUGUGAGGCUCUUAGGAUGCUGCUUAGAGAAAAACGAAAAGUUGCUUGUAUAUGAAUUCAUGCCCAACAAAAGCCUUGACAUGUUCCUAUUCGAUUCGAGUUUGCCUGCCCAACUAGUUUGGCAAAAACGAUUCAAUAUUAUUAAAGGAACUGCCCGAGGUAUCAUGUAUCUGCAUGAGGAUUCUCGUCUUAGAAUUAUCCACAGAGACCUUAAAGCAAGUAAUGUUUUACUUGACCAUGAGAUGAAUCCGAAAAUUUCGGACUUUGGUGUGGCAAAAAUUUUUGGCCGAGAUCAGAAUGAAGCAAACACAAAUAGAGUAGUCGGAACAUAUUUUUCUUCAUUGUUUCUUAUAAACUACAACAGUGGAUACAUGGCACCCGAGUAUGCUAUGGAAGGACUUUUUUCUGUCAAAUCUGAUGUUUUCAGUUUCGGUGUCCUUUUGCUGGAGAUUAUAAGUGGAAAAAGGAAUAAUGGGUUUCAUCUUUAAGAAUGCGGUGAAAGCCUCCUGACUUUUAAUUGUAGGCGUGGAAACUAUGGUCCAAAGGAGAAGGAAUGGAGUUACUGGAUAAGCAUCUUGUUGAGUCGAGUGUGCCCAAUGAGGUGCUUAAAUGCAUCCAAAUUGGGUUAUUGUGCGUGCAAUCAGAUCCGGCAGACAGACCAACUAUGUCAACAGUGGUUGCAAUGUUAGGAAGCGACACCAUAAUAGUUCCUCUACCAGCGAAACCUGCAUUUUAUGUUGGACGUUUUAUUGAAGAAUCAGUUCAACCCAAUUCAAGUUAUAAACUAUGUUCUGUUAAUGAAGUUACGAUUUCAAACAUGUCACCUCGGUGAUUGAUUAGUCAUUUCAUCUUCAAUUUUUUCACUAUUAUAAAGAUAUGAUAGAUUCUAAAAAUUUUGUUAAGCUGCUCUUUUAGCAGAACACUGGGAGAUGUUCUUCCGGCUUUACUAUAUUGAUCUUUUAUAUAUAUAUAUAUGUAAUAAAUGACAAAGGGGUAUGAAAAAAUGGUCGAGUUUACCGAAUGAAUGAAACUGAUUUUUUAAA